CUUCCGAGCAUCCAGGGGCGUCCGUGCCUGACAUAAAUACGGAGGUCGCCAACGACAGCGCGGACUUUUUGCCUCCCUUCCCUCGCGCCGAGAUGCGUUUGACUAACAUCGCCACGGCUGCUGCAGUCGCACUCGCAGCGCUAGCCAGCGCAAAGCAAUCAAUAUUCAACACUGACGCGAGCAUCUCGCCUGGCUGUGGUAACCUCUGCAUGGACCGCCGCUGCGCCGGCCUCGACGAGCAGGCCUGCCUCUGCCAGUACCGCGGCGCGCUCAGGAUACCGGAAUGUCUGAUGGCGAAUUGCGAUACGGAGGGCGUGUACGGGGCGAUGAGAGCGUUCGAUGCGUAUUGUCGGGAGCGGCGGGGAGGCUAUUAUAUUGAAGGUUGAGGAGAGCGGAUAGAAGGAGGGACGCGCGCGAGGGCGCAACAAAGCCAGUCUAUACUAAAGGGUGCUCACAUACCUGUCGGACCUCUUUGAAGAGCGGUCAAGAUGGACCGGUACCAGCCAGGACCGAAAGAACACAUCCUGGUCGGCUUCAAUA